ACUCUUGUCUUUUCUUGGCAGCUGUGCUCGCUUUUGGCAAGAGACUGGGCCCAGACGACCGAGAGGGAGAGAUUUUUCGAAACAAGGGAAGCCAGCCCAAAAAACUCUCCUGUUUGUUUGCCCUCUCUGGAUGACGUCGUGUCCCGGGCCGUUCUCCUCCUUCUCCCUCCCUCCUUCUCUCUAGACCCCCUCUUUUUUCAGCCCACCCACCCCCUGAAAAAAAAGUCUCUGGAAGCCGCAAAUUGAGCUGCGGCACCGCUGGGAUAAAACCGCUCGGGCCGCCAGCAGACUGGGGCAUUGCUGGGGAGAGAUGGCCAAGCCGUGGACUUCUUCCCUCCUUUCUGGAGCAGCCGGCCUCCUCCUUCUCCUCCUCUCCAGCCUCCCGGCUUCGUGGCAAGGAGGAGUCCCAGGCGCCGGAGCAGGUGGGAUUCCCGGAAGAGGGCUUUACCCUGGAGCCGGUGUUGGAGGUCUAGGAGCUGGUGUUGGAGGUCUAGGAGCCGGUGUUGGAGGUCUAGGAGCCGGUGUUGGAGGUCUAGGAGCUGGCGGACUUGGGACUGGAUUGGGGGGAGCAGGAUACGGUGCAGGGGCCAAACCUCCAAAACCAGGGGUUGGAGGUGCUGGAUCAUUAGGUAAGGCUGCCGUAAUAGUUAAUGAUGAUGAUGUAGUCAAAUGCCCAUAAGUGAU